AUGUCUCUAUCUAUCGACAAAUACAAGCGGAUUUACCGCAAGAACCCACUUCCCGAGGUGGCUGACUACGCGGCCGAGCUGCAGCAGUCACGUGAGCAGUUCAAGAACGUCAAGUUUGCGUUUUUAGAGCAGGAAAACAAGGAAAAGUUCAUUCGGUCGUUGACGACGAAUGACAGGGUGCUGGAACAGGCUGAUAUUGAUGCCGUAACUGCUGAGUCAGCCACCGGAAAGGAGCAGCUUCGGGUAGAGAAGCGCAAGGUGGAAGAGAUUAGCAAGGAAGUGGAGGAGUUGGCUCAGGAGGUGGUAGCCAAAGACGGAGCCUUGGAGGAACAGAAGGAGAAAAAAAAGAAGCUCCAGAGUGAGUUGGCGGAUGUGCAGAAACAGGUGUCAGCUCUCCAGGAUGAAAGCCAUAAUCUCCCACCCCACCUGGCUGAAAUGAUGGGUCAAUCUUUACAGGAGUUGGAAAUUCAACUUGAACAGAGUAAAGCGGAAUUGCAGACCAGUAAAGAGAUGGUGACUCAGGUCGAGGAAGAACUGGUGCCACAACUGAAUCAGGAGUUGGCGGACAAGAAGGCCGAGACGGGGGCCUUACAGGGAGAUCUCCUGCAUGCUACUGCAGAGGCUGAUAGAGCUGUGGCCGAGAGAGAGAGGUUGAAGGGGAAAUACAAUGACAAGGAGCGGUUGAUUUUGUGGCUCAAGAGUUCAUUGGAGGUGAUGGAGCAGCAGUAG